AUGUUUUCUCAUCUUCGAAUCCACCGACGGGGGCAGUCGUCGAAUCCCACCUCGCCCAACCCCGAACACCCCUCACAGUCCGCCCCCUGGGACCCCUCGCUUCAUCAUCAUCAUCAACAACAACAACAACAGCAGCAGCAGCAGCAGCAGCAGCAGCAGCAGUCUCCCUUCGCUCAAGAUGCCGCCUUAAGCCAUGCCGUUCGGCCCCAGCCCUCGACCACGCCCAAUUCCUCGCUGCCUCCCACCCUGCCACCAAUUGCCCGCGUCGCCUCGUCCGGCUCCGAAUCCCCGCUUGGCCAUCCGCCCGCCGAUGCGAAAGUGACGCAGGAGCUCAAUACUCAAAAACCUCACCCGCCGCCUCCCCCUCCGUCAGCCCGCUCCCCCUACAACCCCGGUUCGGGCUUCCUCGGCGGCGUGGCCCUGCGUAAGUACCAGCGCGAACAGCAGGAGCAGCAGAAGCAACAAACACAACAAAUGGCGGCCCUAUCCCUAUCACCAGAUCUGACCGGCGCCUCCGCCACCGCCUCCCCCCCCUCCGCCUCCGCCAUCGUCCACCCCACCCCCGAAAGUCAAUUGGCAAGGUCGAAGCCCGCCCCGCCGCCCAUAGACACCGCCGCCCCUCCGACUAGACCUCCACCCCAGCCUGGGAAGGCGUCAAAACAUGCCAGCUCCUCCUUUGCGACCCCGACCGAUCUCCAUCACCAAGGACACUCCCAGAGCUCCCCGCAAUCCCAGGUGAAUGCUGCCACCACUGGACGACGCCCCGCGGGAACGAGACUCUCGAGCGAACCCGUGCGCAUGGCGAAUCACACCACCGACGCCCCCAAGGGCAGGAAGGGCCUGCCUUUUCUGAAAAACCCCAUGUCCACGCUGCUUGCGAGGAGGAAAACAAGCCAGAAUGCCCCCGACCUGACGCCCCUGCCGCUUGGGGGAAACAAGCUGGGCGAACCAACCUACGAUCCGCGUAUUCGAGGCACCCGAGUCCACGACUUCAGUGCUCCCCGACCGAGACGGAGCCUCCCGAACAACGAAGGCCCAAGCCCCGCCGCAGUGCCGACGCCCGCUCCCAAGACGCAACCACCUAUACCCGAAGAGAAGCUCGACCUGGGCCAGACGUCUUCGAGGGAAAGCACGGCACCCGCGCAAGCCCAUGCCUCUCAGCAUGCGAGGAACGCGAGCAGUGCGUCUGACUCUGGCCGCUCGGGCUCCGUCAGCAUCGCCUCACAGCCGCUGCCCGACUCUGGCAGCGGGUCAGUGAAGGCGAGAAGUAGCCUGAACCUCGAGUCGAAACCUCUCCCUGAAGUCCCACCAAAAGACGAUACGGCACCCUCUUCCAGCUCUGCCUCCGUCGUCUCCAAAAAGCCAUCCGUCGGUGCCGCGUCGGUCCUGUCCAAGAAAGCGCCCUCCACAAGAGCUGCUCCCUCGAGGCAUACCUCCGUGUCCGGACAAGACGUCCUUUCCUCGGUGCCCCGUCAUAUGAAGAGUACGUCUUCCAGGUUCAGCUUCGACAUGGUUGGUGCCGCAAAGCAAGAGAAGCUUCUCGAGGAACGCCAUCGUCAGCGUGAGCUGGAGAGGAAGACAUCCGACCCCGAGCCCGGGCAGAACCGCGAUUCCAGAUUCGACGACUUUGACGACGACUUUGACUACGACGCCAUGAUGGAGGACGACGGUUUCGAAGAGCCGAUCCCGUUGAGCAACGAUUUUGGAGACGACUACGGAUACGAGGAGGACUUUGACGCCGGAGGCACGGACCCCUUGGGCCUCGACGCUGGGGAGGAGGACUUCAACGCCGCCGGGACUGACCCCUUGGGUCUCGAUGCGGUGCCCGAGGUCGAGGUCGAAGAUGAGGAUGAGGAUGCCGAAGAUGACCCCGACAAUGAUCAGGAGAACUUUGCUGGCUUCGUCUUCCAGCGAUCGAACCCUCCAUCGGCACUGAUGAGUCCGCACAGCGCCGGUCUGGUGUCAACCCCAAGGGAUGCCGAUGGCAAAGUGAUCGGGUUCGCCUAUUCGGGAACGCCCAACAUCGACCAAGCCUUGUCGCCUGGUCUGCCCUCCGACCAGAAUGCAUCCCCGACGACGACGACGACGACGACGACAACAGAUCCGGUCGCCGGGCCUGCCAUUGCGGGUAUGGAUGUUGCCGAUCCGCAACCGCAGGACGGAUCGUUGCACGAGCAGACCCAGCACCUGUCGCCUGCUCCUCUCUCACCCCCGAGAAAGGAUGAUCUCUACUUUGACAACGGCCUCAUUGACGAAUUGGAGUUCGCAGGGGAGGGUGACGGUUCCCACUUUGACGAGUCCCUCUUUGACCUGGACGACACAGAUCGAUACGGUCGGCCCAUUCCUGGCGCCUUUGCCGCCGCUCAGGCUGCCCGAGCCGCUGCUGCUGCUCUUGAAAACGGCACACAAGAAGGCAGUACCCGGGGCGACAGCACUCAAAACACCAACGCCGCCACAGACAGGGCCGUUGCUGUCCCGGAAGACAGCAAGAGGGUUUCCGACAGCACGUCGCGGCUCUCUGCCCAGUCCAAUGCCUCGCAUUCGACAGCUCACACUUCUCUGAGCGUCAGCUUGCCAGCCCCCUCCGCCGAGGAAUCCAAACGGGCCAACGAGGUCCUGGCUCACGGCCAGGAAUCCUCCGUCAUGACUUCGAGUUUUUCGACAAUGGGGCAGGACAAGAUAGAGGCAUACCAAACCGCUCUUGCUGCUGCGGCGUUUGAGGCUGCCGCCAACGGCAGAUUCAGACGGGAUUCGUCACCGCCUCCAAGCGAGCCCAUGUCGCCCGGUGGCGAGUCCUCACACAGCCUGCCCCACGGCGACGACAAUAAUGACGACGAAGACGACGACAAAGUCAACGACAAUGCCGACUAUGGCGGCUACGACGACUACGACGAAGGCGGGUUCCGCGAAGACCUUGACGACUACGAUGUCGACUACGACGACUUCAUUGCGGAGGCAAACGCUAGUGCCCUUGCCAACGACUCGGACGGGUGGUACGGCCAGGAGUUUGGAUUUUACUCGGCGCCCAUUGAAGGAGGGCGCCACAGCAGAGACAGCUCGAACGGGUCGGACGAGAAGCCAUUUGCCUACGCCAACGGCGGCUUCUUUGGGCCGUCGGGCGUGUCUCGAAGCAAGUCGGGUAGGAUAGUAUCGCGGGAGCCCAACCUCACGCCCAUUACGGAACGAUCCGAGUACUCCAACCGUAACUCGAUUAUGAGCCUCGCCGUUCCCCCUCUGGGGUCGGGCCCGUCGAGUCUUCAGAGUCCCGGUCUGGCCCAGCUCGCCAUGAUGGCCGAUGGCGAGGACAACAUGAGCCUGUCGGCGCUUAUGAGACUCCGAUCCAAGGCGUGGGGUGGAUCGCAGGCCAGCCUCGUAUCAAGUCGCGAGGGCUCCCCCAGGUCCGAGAGGGGAGAAGGAGGAAGUUCCCCUUGGGGCCCGGGGCCCAGCAACAACAGCAACAACAUCCUGGGGAUCCACGGCCAUGCUCGCAAAAACUCGUCCUUCUCCGUUCGCAGCCGCGACAUGGACUCGUCGGACGCGGGCAGCACGUCGGGCUCUCCUACGCUCACCAUGUCCAUGCCUACCAUUGGGUCCCCCCCACCUCCGCUCCCUCCGCUUAACCAAAGCCCUUCGGUGGCGAUGAACUCGCCCCACUUCACACACAGCGCGGCGUUCGAACCGGUGCUGGAGACUGACGAGAUGGAUGGCAUGUCCAUCUCCAACAGUAUCUCCCACUCUGGCCUGUGGAUGAAGAGCCCGGACACCGCGAUGCAUCCGAACCUGGUGCCUCGGACGGACCCCACGCCUCAGCGGAGACCUAGCAUGGGCCACAAACACAAGGGAUCCGCCGACAGCAUCUCGUACAUCAAGGAGGAGGACAGCGGCGAGACGAGAUGGGUGCUGGAGAGGCGUUUCACCGCCGACAGCGGGGAGAUUGAAGUGCAACGAGAGAUUGUGGGAAAAGGCCACAUUUAG